AUGGAGGACCUCGCUCUCUACACACCCCGGGCUAUUAUAGAGCUAUCCACCCUAUCCUUGCUAUUUGGACUGAUGUAUAUCAUCCUAGCCGAACCAAGGAAGAAAGUCGCCCCUGGGAAAUGCACGUGUCAAUAUCCAGACUGUCACUAUCGAAAUCCCUGCCAGCCCGACCGCGAAGUCACAAAUCCCUCGACCUUGAAAACUGAGAGCUUUGAGUCUGGCACGAGCCAUUCGAGUCCAUAUCCGAAUGCCUGUCAGAAAUACAACGGCGUCCCGAAGCCUCCACCGGUGACAGAUCCCUGUAUAAUCGACUACUACUACCACUACUACUACUACUACUACAACUACCACUAUCCAAAUUACGGCCAGACUGAUAGUGAAGUCACAAAUCCUCCGCUCUUGACAACUGAGAACUAUGAGUCUGGGACGAGCCGUUCGAGUCCAUAUGCGAGUGCCUGUCAGGACUGCAACGACGUCCCAGAGCCUCCGCCUGCGACAGAUCCCUCUAUAGUCUACUACUACUACUACUUCUUCUCCCACUACUACCACUAUCACUAUCCAAAAUUUGAGACCGACAGCGAAGUCACAAAUCCUACAUCAUCGACAACUGAGAGCUCUAGACAUGACACCAGCCGUUCGAGGCGCUCAAGGCAUCAAAAGAAGAGGCGUAAGUUUUCCGGCCGUAUCCGGAUCCCGGGGGCUUCUAGUUUAACAGCUGCAGCAUCCUCACAUUCCUUAGCGAGUGGAAAAAAGCAAAUGAACAUAAGUCGUCCCAGGGCCUCUAUCUUGAAAUCUGUCUACAUGACGAGUUGGGAAUCCAGAAUACCUCGGCCGAUCAAUUGGGACAGGCUGCACUGUCGGUCUCGGCCCAAGAAGGUGACAUUCGUGGAAACCCGAGUGAAUCGAUUUUACAAAUAG